UCAGUCCGCAAUUGUCUCUCCGCUAAGAUAGACUUAAAUUUGCCAGUGAAAUAUGGCUGCCCAGGGGAAAAUUCCCGACUAUUUGAACCAGGAUUUGCUAACUCGUUCGCUGGCAAAUGGAUUUCAAAACGAGGACGUUAUCGUGGAUAAAUUUGAAAUUGCACCGGCAACGGCCGCCGGCGACAACUACAUGAGUGAUGUUUUUCGAAUUAAUGUGAAGUAUCGUACGUCUUCAAAAACGAAAAAUGUCGAGCAAAUUUCGUUGGUGAUCAAGUGCAUGCCAGAUGCAGGACAACGCGGUCCAGUUAUUGAGGAGUUGAAGGUAUACGAAAAGGAGAAGGAAAUGUUCGUUAACGUGAUUCCUGAGCUGUCUAAAAUUGCUAGCAACGAAUUCUUCGCUGCAAAGUGCUACUAUGCAACAACCUCACCGGAGCGCAUGCUAGUAUUUCACGAUCUAAAGUCUCUCAACUUCACGAUGGCCAACCGUCAAACGGGGCUUGACUUUGACCACUGUGCCUUAAUUAUGAAGAAAAUCGGUAAAUUUCAUGCCGCAUCAAUGCGCUUUUCCGAAAGCCACAAAGACAUUCUGGACAAGUAUUUCCACUUCAGCAUGUUUAACCCUUCGGUGGAAAAUCAUACCGAUUGUAUUUCGGUAGUUUUUGAAAAUGGUCUAAAAACGUUGAUUUCCGUCGCCGAAGAAACGUGGACCGAUUUCGAUCCGAAAAUAUUGGCGAAGAUGAAGAAACUGCUGCCCGUGUAUCUGACGAAGUUGAAAGCCUGUUUGACCCAGGAGUUUGACGAUGGAUUCAAAGUUCUCAAUCAUGGCGAUUUGUGGUGCAACAACAUGCUGUUCAAAUACAACAAUCAAUCCGAAACGGUGGAAGACGUGGUUUUCGUUGAUUACCAAAUCAGCUACUACUCAAGUCCUGGAAUUGAUCUGAACUACGCCCUGUCCAACUGUCCCGAUCUGGAGACACGUGACCGUACGAGUGAGCUGAUUGAUAUUUAUUACAGCUCGUUGAAGGAUACAUUGGAGGCAAUUCAGUUUCCCAGAAUCCCAACGCUGGCCGAUGUGCACCACGAAAUUAAACGGAUGGAGUUCUUCUCGCUGGUGUCGGUUAUUUCAAUUUUGCCCAUCGUUAUGAUGGAAAAAUCGGACUCGUUUACACCGUCGUUCGAGGCUAUGAUUGACGAACAGAUGGCCGAGCAAAGCCGGAAGAUUCAGUACAGUGGGAAAAUGUUUCAGAAAAUUGUGAAACCGAUGCUGACGAGAUUUUACGAUCGAAAGUUGUUGGAUGUUUAAACGAUGAUAAUAGGUAUUAUAA